UCACCAAUCUCAUUUAUUUCUUCUUCCACUACACAAUAGAUAUAAUCUGGAACAUUUAUAAUACUAUCAGCUGACUUAGUUAACAUGUCUGAUUCUGAACAGGGGUCAGAAUAAAUUGGAAGGCUGAAAUUAUAACUAUCCAAAUGUAAUAUGAUUUAGCUAGUGCCACUGAGCCAAGCCUGAUUCCUGGUGAUCUGUAAAACAAUAAAGCAAAUGUGGUUGAUGUUUCUUUUUCUUUGCUGUUGAUGAACAUGUUCAGUGUUGCCUAUGAUAGAUAUACAUAUAUAAUAGUGAGUCUGAAUACACCACCAUUAUUAAUUUAGAUAUCACCAUCAACUAUAAAAUACAUGCUAAUAACCUAUUGUACUUUUACAUUUUUGUUUCCCAUUGAUUGUAGCUCAGGGGUGUCAAACUCGCCACAUCACGUGAUGUGUUGUGACGUAUCGCGACUUUUUCCUCAUUGCUGGGCUGGGGUGGGCGCGGUUUCAGCAAGAUGCAAUUUGACUCCCCUGCUGUAGCCAAUGUUAAUUCUCAGAUUUAAACAAAUUGAGGACUGAUGAUCACCUGGCAUCCACUGCUUAACAGGGAUCUCAGUGUAGCAAUUCCUUGUGAAUGUAGUACAGAACUCAUCCUUAUAUCCCACUAUCUUUUGUACAAAGAUGCCUUCCUACCAUCUUUAGAGAGCAUGUCAUUAAAUCACCUUUAUCUCAUCCCUAACCUACCUCUGAGAAUGCUUAAAAUUGCAUUUAGCUAUUCCACUUUUAAAGUUUGCUUCUUUUCCCAACACAGACCUAUCACAGGAACAAUCUGCAAUGUGGUCUCUAUGACAUGGUCAGGGGCUGGGAUGUGCUCACUGGGAUUCUUCUCUUCCAAUCUUUGGGCACUUCCCAACAGAGUUAUUUGGUUUUUACUUCCUGGUGAAGGAAAGCUAGAAACCAGCUUAGACCCUCAUCUCUCAGGUUUCUCCAUUGGGAACUUCUAUGACUCAGCUAUGGACUCAUAUCUGAAAAACGUUAUUGUGAUUUCAUUGGGAUUCACAUUUCUCUUUACUGCUUAUGGAGGGCUCCAGAAUCUUCAGAGCAGCCUCCACUCUGAAGAAGGUCUGGGAGUUGCCUCCCUGAGUGUGAUCUACGCUGCUCUCAUUCUGUCCUCCAUGUUUUUCCCAUCAGUCGUCAUUAAGAAAUUUGGAUGCAAGUGGACCAUUGUAGGCUCCAUGUGCUGCUAUAUUACAUUCUCUUUGGGAAACUUCUAUGCCAGCUGGUUCACACUCAUCCCCACAUCUAUGAUCUUAGGACUGGGAGCAGCCCCCCUCUGGUCAGCCAAGUGCACUUACCUUACCGUGGCUGGCAAUUUAUAUGCUCAGAAAGUGGGGAAAAUUGGAAAAUAUAUAGUUACCCAGUAUUUUGGAAUCUUCUUUAUGAUAUACCGGUCCUCUGGAAUCUGGGGCAAUCUAAUAGCAUCUCUGGUCUUUGACCAGACUCCUAACAAAGUGAAUCUCACAGAAGCAGAUAUGAUGUGCUGUGGUACAGGCAGCUGCAUGAUAAACACCACAGAUAGGACUGUGACAUCAAAAGGACCAUCUAAUACUUUGAUCUAUACUUUGAUGGGAAUCUACACAGCUAGUGAGAUUCUAGCUGUGUUGCUAGUGACUGUAUUUCUGGAUCAACUCUCAACCAACCAAGCAGAAAGUGAAGAAAAGACUGUGUCAUCCUUUGGAUCCACUUUUCUGGAAACAUUUCAACAUCUUAAAGAUAAACGCCAGUGUCUGCUGAUACCCUUGACUAUGUAUAGUGGACUUGAACAAGGAUUCCUUGCCGGUGACUAUAAUAAGUCCUAUGUGACCUGUGCUCUUGGGAUAAACUUUGUUGGAUAUGUGAUGAUCUGCUUUUCAGCUACAAACUCACUCGCCUCCUUGCUGUUUGGCAAGAUUUACCAGUUCACUGGAAGAAAGGUUCUCUUUACACUGGGUGCCAUUCUCUAUCUCGGCUGCAUAAUAGCACUACUGCUCUGGAAACCUCACCCCAACCAACUUGCCCUAUUUUUUAUAAUACCUGCCAUCUGGGGUGUAGCAGAUGCUAUCUUACAAACACUAACUAAUGCUCUCUAUGGAAUUUUAUUUGAGAAGCACAAAGAGGCAGCCUUUGCAAAUUACCGCCUGUGGGAGUCAUUGGGCUUUGUCAUAGCCUUUGGCUACAGCACCUUCUUAAGUGUCUCCAUCAAACUGUACAUUUUGUUAACUGUACUGUGGCGAUGGUCUUUUAUGGAGUAGUCGAAUAUCUGGAAUCCAAAAUGUCUUCUGGAACACCCAACACUGCUAAUCAGGAACUAACCACAUCACAGCAAAAUGCUCAAUCAACCAACCUCUAAGUAAGGAAUUCUAUGCAGAAAAGGGUUCUAAAUCAAAGCUUGCAUAAGGAUAUUUACUGGACAAUAGAGAAGGGCCUGAAUGAUGACAAUGAGAAGGGGUCAAGGCACUGCUAUAACACUGCACAGGAUUUUUUUUUUCAUUCUUCUUUUGUGAUAAGACUUGUGCCUUGUAUAGUCUGAGCCCAACCUACUUCACAGGAUUGUUGUUAUAGGGAACAAAUUGGAGGAAGGAGUCCUGUGUAGGCCACAUGGAUUCCUGGAGCAAAGAUGGAUAAUGGACAAAUAUUGAUUUUCAUUUUUACCUUUUUUUUAAAAAAAUAGGUUUUUUCCAAAUCAAUAAACAAUGCAUAAUCAAUAAACAAAACUUUUUUUGUACUAAACAGUUUGUAUUGGCACAGCAGAUAUAAAUUGACGAUUGCAACUGGAUCUUGUUGAAAUCAGUUAAGAGUAAACAUUUUCUUUAGAGCUAAGAAUUCUAGGCAAUGAGCCAUAUCCUAGCUCCCCAUUUAUGCAACUGUCAAAUUUUGUAUGCAUUCAGCUGUGAUCAUACAGACUGGAUACCGUGUAUUUCCUUCUAAUAUGAGAACUCAUACAUUCAUAAACAAGCUUGCAUUCCCUGAGGGACACAUAAUUUUUUCUGAUCUCGGUGACUCCAUGUGAGAUCAGAUAUUCUGCUAGAUGAAAACUCCGCACCACACCAAGGACUGCCCAUUCUUUUUGCACUGGAAGGAGCCUUCAAACUACUUUAAGCCAAACUGGGGACUACUGCAUUCCAUUGCCCCCCCCCUUUCAUUAUAGUUUCUGAAUUAUGUUCUGUGAACCAUCACAAGAUUUUUCUAAACAGGAGUGAGAUUUGAUGCAGGAAGAUAAGGCCACUGAUGAAAUGACAGGAACCUAAGGGAAGCCCAACACCAGAGUUCAGAUCAGAAAUAUUAUUGUAAUUAAUGCAGUGUUGUGUAGCUCUUCUGCUCUACCAAGUGAGCAAAGUGGGUAUAGGAUAAAUAUUAAAUAACUAGAUAAAAAUGCAGAUUCUUUUUUUCCCUUUUGCACAGACGUCUGUUUAUUACCUCCCCCCAGAACUCUUCACUCUUUUUAAGAUUUAAUGUUACUCAUGAAAUUUAGUAUUAAUUCAUUAAUUAAAUAAAAAUGGUGCCAAAAA